ACCAGCAGCCUGCAACCAAUAGCUUAGAGACGGUAUGCCUUUGGAUCACUGCAUUAUGUUCAAUUUUGUCAUUUGCAAUGUGGUCAUGCAGGGGGUAUAAAUGUGGCGGGUAACUUUUCUCCGGUCUGAAAUAUGUCAAUUAGUCUUGCCACAAAUAUAUUUCUACAAAGACCGAAACCCAUAUUACGUUAUCAACUAUGGCAUUUGUCUACGUUUAUCCCCCAGAGAGAUACUCAACGACAUCCGUCAGCCAGACUUUCCCCGAAGCCCACUGGCCACUAGAGCACACUCGGCACAAGAUUGGGCAAGCUUUUCACGAGUUCGUUCAUCCAUACGAGGUGCACAUUUAUUCUCCGCACACAGAUAUUCGUGAGACAGCGAAAAACUAUUAUGUUGAUAUCGAGUUUCCUGGCUUGGCAGACAAGAAAGACAUAUUGUUGAAGUGGACGAGUUCGAGAACUCUGAUAGUGGAAGCCAGGAUUAAGCGACCAGAAAUCAACGAAGAAGGAGUAGCUCAGCUGGAGGACUCGCAGACUGACACUGCCAGCAAAGAGCCACAGCAAAAAGAUCAUCUAAUUCACUAUUUGAUUAGGGAAAGAGGCCUUGGGGCUUUUGCCAGGGCCUUCAGUUUUAACGUCGAUGUCCAGCACGACAAGUUUGACGCCACCCUUAAAUAUGGUUUGCUGCGCCUCAUUCUGGCGAAGCCUGAGAAUGAACAGAACGAGCCGAAGGAGGUUCCGAUCAAGCAUGAGGAUUCGGAGGAGGUAGAUGCUUGAAUGCACAUCUGAACUACGGGCCCAUUGAGCAGUUUUUCUAC